AUGGCUUCCGUCGUUGAAGACCGGGCGUUUGUAUCGGCAGCUGGAUACUCAGCACGCGGCCAGAAGUGGAUGGAUCAACUUUCUCAAGUGGAGUCGAGGCUUGUGGCCAACUGGGAGGAGUUUACCGCCCACCGCUCCGAGGUCCUCUCGCGCUUGCAGGACCUGCAGGACACACUUCGGAGAGGCGUCCGGCAGGAUCCCCACGUGGACACCGAGCUGGAGAGAUGCAGCCGCCGUCUGCAGCAGCUCUCGCAGAGCCACGAGGAGACCGUCGUGCGGGUUGGCGACCUCAAGUCUGCUGUGGAGUCCAGCCAGCAGUCGGUGGAAGGUCUCCGAUCUCGCCUGGCCUCCAAGCUCCAGGAGCUGGGGGCUGCUUUCGAGGAGACGCAGCGCGAGAUGGCGCGGCUGUCGGAAGACCUGUUAAGGGAGUCGACAGCUUCUGCCAAGCGCCAGAACAAGGCUGUUGCGGACGAGCUGCUGCGCAAGAUGUCUGAGCUCAACACCAAGCUUGGCGAAAACAUGGCUACGGUGGAGGAGCAGGCGACGGCCCGGUGCGAGGUCCUGCGGACGGAGGUGCAGGAGAUCACGGCUCGCCUGGAGGGCGCCGGGCCUCGGGCCGCCGAGUCGGAGCUCCGAAGGGCCGAGGCGCACUUCGACGCACAGUGGAGGGCCCUGCGCAAUGAGCUGCAAGGCCAGAUGGACGAGCUGACGCGAAGCACGCGCAGCGAAUUGGGCCGCUUCCGAGGCCUGCAGACACAGGCCGAGGAAGGCGCCCGGCGUCUUGAUGCAGCCUUGGCGGAGUCUGCAGCAGGACGGCAGAGGGCUGACCGCGUGGAAGGCCAGCUGGAGGAGCUGCGGACAGCUGUGGCCCGCCUCAAAGAGGAAGCUCGGAUGGCGAGCUCCACGCAGCAGUCGGACAUGGAGGAGCAGUUGCACCGGCUCCGCGAGGAGUUGUCCGCCAGUGCCGCGAAGGAGCUCCGUUCCCAAAGCGAGGCCAUGACGGAUCUGCAGCGGCGUUUUCGCAUGGACGUCGACUCUGUGCAGGAGCUGGUGGAGCGGCAGCUUGGGGAGACAUCCACCGAGCUGCAGGCGCUGAAGAGCUCGGAUGCCGAGUGCCAGCUCCAGCUGGAGCACUUGACCAAGGCCGCCGCGGACCUCUCUGAAAGCCGGAGAGGCUUUGCGACGCAGAUGGACGACUUCCGAAGCAUGGACAGGCAGAUCGAGGAUGCUUUGCGGCGGAUGGAAAUCCGGGUCGAGAGGAUCUCUGCCGCGGCGGCGCAGUGCCUAGAAGGCCUCGACUCAGCGGAACGCUCUGCCACUGCGGCAGACCGGAGGGCUGGGGAGCUGAAGGAGCGCUGGGAGAUGCAAAGCGAAAGCCUGGAGGCCUUGCGGAGCACGGAUGUGGAACGCCAGGCGCAGCUGGAGCGCCUGGUGUCGGCGCUGACCGAGCUCGGCGAGGGCCAGAAAGGUAUCCGCGCCGAUGUGGAGAGCUUCCGCAGCGUGGAUCGGAGGCACGUCGAAGAAGCCCUGAGCCGCCUGGACCUGCGCCUGGAGCGCCUGGCGGCCGCUGCGGCGCAGAGCGCCGAAGGCCAGGCGGAGGUCAAGGCCUUUGCGCGGGAAGCCGCUGAGAAGGUGGCCCUGGAUGCGCGCGAUCUUGUGGAGCAGCGCGCCGGCGAGCUGCGCGACCUGCUCGAUCGGCAGGCCUUCGAAACUGCCGGCAAGGUCGAGGCGCUCAACGUCUUGGAUGCGGAGCGCGUGCAGCAGCUGGACCAGCUGUCCAAAGCCUGCACCGACCUCGCCGAAGCGCGGCGAGGCCUUCUUGCGGAGGUGGAGCAGGGGCGAGCAAAUGACCGCAGGCAGGCCGAAGAAGCGUGCCGGCGCCUGGAGUUGCGCUUGGAGGCCCUCGCCAAUUCCCUUGGACAGUGCACCUCAGGGCUCGCGGAUGCCCGGGCCCAGAGCCGCGAGCUGGUGGACAUCCGACAUGCGGAGCUCAAGGAUCAGCUCGCCAGCCUCCGUGACUCGCUGGGCGGCGCGGCCCAGGAAGCGCUGAACCUGGCGCGACGGCACGAGUCGCUCGAGGAGCUCUGCGACCGUCGCUUCGGCGAAGAGCGCCGUGAGCUGGAGGCCUUGAAGUCCUCAGAUGCUGAGCGGCAGAAGCAGCUGGACAGGCUCGGCAAAGCCCUGGGCGAGCAAUCAGAAGCACGCAAAGGCGUGCAAGGCGACCUUGAGCGUUGUCAAGCGGCGGACAGGCAGCAUGGGGAUUCUCUGCGGCGUCUCGAGGCACGCCUCGAGGCCGUCUCUGCCUCCGCGGCGCAGUGUGCCGAAGGCGUGGCCGAGGCCAAGGCCUUCGCCCGCGAGGCGGCCGACAAGGCCCAAGCGCAGGCGAAGGAGCUCACCGAACAGCGCGCCUCUGAGCUGAAGGAGGAGUCCGGACGCCGCGCCGCGGAGGUGGCCGGGAAGCUUCAGGCGAUGCAAGCAGCGGAGGCGGAGCGCGACCAACGUCUCCAGGAUCUUGCCCGAGCUGGUGCGGACGCCGCCGCGGCACGGAAAGGGCUCCUGGCCGAAGUUGAGAAGUGCCAAUCCACCGAGAGGCAGCUGCAAGACGAGCUGCGGCGCGUGGACGCCCGAUUGGAGAAGGUCUCGGCAGUGGCCGCGCAGUCCUCCGAAGGCCUGGCCGAGGUCAAGGCCUUUGCCCGCGAUGCCUCGGACCGCACGGCGACCACCUCGAAGGAGCAGCUGGAACAGCGCUCCGAAGAGUUGAAGGAGCUGUUUGACCGGCGGGCCGCAGAGACCGCGACCAAGCUCGAGGCGCUGCGGGCUGCGGACGCGGAGCGCAGCCAGACCCUGGACCGCCUGUCGAAGGCCUGUGCUGAGCAGAGCGAAGCUCGCAAAGGCAUCGUGGCGGACGUCGAGCACUGCCAAUCCAGCGACAGGCAACUGGAGGAUGCUCUGAAGCGCGUUGAUGCAAAGGUGGAGUCGGCAGCGUCCGUGGCCGCGCAGUGCACUGAAGGUGUGGCCGAGGUCCGCGUCUUUGCCCGAGAGGCGGUGGACAAAGCUUCCACGCAGAGCAAGGAACUCCUCGAGAUCCGCUCCAGCGAGCUUAAGGCUCAAAUGAUCCGGCUACAUGAGGAGUUGUCCAUCCAGACUUCGAAGGAGCUCCAGAGCCAGGCCCAGGCUUUCGCGGAGCUCCAGCGCCGCGCCGAGGCACGCGCCGAGGCCCUGCAGGAGCUCAUCGAGCGGCGAUGUGGCGACAACACCUCCAAGAUUGAGGGGCUCCGCCUGGCGGAUGCGGAGCGGCAGCAGCAGCUCGAAAACGUCUCCAAGGCCUGCACCGACAUGUCGCAAGCGCAGAAAGGCAUUCUGCUCGAGCUGGAGAAAUCGCAAGCCACUGAGAGGCAGCUCGACGAGGCCGUGCGUCGCCUGGACGCGCGCAUCGAGGCGACGGCCGCGACGGCCGGCGCCUGCUCCGAAGGCCUGGCCGAAGUGAAGCUGGCGGCGCGCGAGGCUCUCGAAAAGGCCACCGCCCAGACGCACGGCCAGCUUGACACCCAAGCCAAGGAGUUCAAGGGGCUGCUGGAGCGGCAGAUUACCGAGACCUCCUCCAAGAUUGAGGCGCUCCGCGCCACGGACGCCGAGCACUCGGCGCAGCUCGUGGAGCUGGCGCGCAGCGCCGCCGAGCUGGCGGAGGCUCGGAAAGGGCUUCAGAUCGACCUGGAGAGCAGGAAAGCGGCGGACAGGCAGCUGGAGGAGGCGCUCCAGCGCGCGGAGCUCCGAGCCGAACGGCUCGCGGCCCAGGCCUCCCAGGCCACGGAAGGCCUUGCCGAGUUGAAGGUGGCAGCCCGAGAGGCCGCAGACAAGGUGGCGGCGCAGCAGGAUGAGCUCAAGGAGCGGGUGGAGCGCCGCGCCUCCGACACGGCUGCAAGACUCGAGGCCUUGCGCGUCGCCGACGCCGAGCGGUCGGCGCAGCUCGUCGAGCUCACCAGAGGCGCCACAGAGCUCACGGAGGCACGGAAAGGUCUCCAAGCGCAGCUGGAACAGUGCCAAUCCUCCACAAGGCUGCUCCAAGACUCCUGCCAACGCCUGGACGUGCGGGUGGAGAAGGUGGCUACCCAGACAUCGCAAGGCCAUGAAGGCCUUGCCGAGGUCAAGUCCUUCAUGCGCGAGGUGGCCGACAAGGCGACGACGCAGGGCCGAGAGCAGCUGGAGCAGCGCGCCAGCGAGCUGAAGGAGCUCGUGGAGCAGCGGAGCUCUGAGCACAGCUCGAAGAUGGAGGCACUCCGGGCCUCCGCUGCGGAGAACGCAGCGCGCUCCGAGCAGCUCGGAAGAGACUUGGUCGACCUGCGUCGAGGCUUGACGGCCGAGAUUGCGAAGUGCGAGGCAGCCGACAGGCAGCUCGAGGAUGCGCUGAAGCGCAGCAGCCAGGAGCUGGUGCGGUGUGGCGAAGGUCUCGUCGAGGUGCGCGGCUUCGCGCGCGAGGCCGCGGAGAAGGCGUCGGCUCAGGUCAAGGAGCUUGUGGAGCUGCGUGCCGGAGAGCUCAAGGAACUGUGUGAAAAACGCGCGGGCGACGGCGACGUGAAGUUGGAGGCCCUUCGCGCCCAGCAGCGGGAGCAUCGCGAGCAGCUUGCCGAGGUUGCGCGCAGCUGCGACGAUCUGGCAGAAGCCCGGCGAGGGCUGCAGGCCGACGUCGAGGAGGCGAGGGCCUUCGAUCGCAGGCAAGACGACGCCCUCCAGCGCCUCGCCGCGCGCGUGGACCGCCUGGGCGCCUCAGCCGGAGAGGCUGCGCAAGGCCUCGUGGAGGUGCGCUCCUUUGCGCGGGAGUCUGCCGAGGGCGUGGCCGUGCAGAGCAAGGCCAGGCAGGAUGCUGCGGCGGAGGAGACCAAGGUGGCGUUAGAGGAGCUGCGGACUCAGCUCCAGGCAAUCCGUGAGGGUCUUACGGCAAUGGAGCUGGAGAUAGAGGUCGAGGAGGAGGGGAAGGUUGACUAG